AUUUUAUUUAUUUUUUUUAACACACAGGCAUUUCAUUUUGAGAUCUACGCAAGUGGAGAGUCUGUGACUGGAGAUAAGGAAGAGUCGUUUUGAAUGUGCGUAUGUGCAUGAGAUAACCAGCAGCUGAGAUCACAAGAAUAAUUCAUAGACUGUGAAAGUCACAUUUCCCAAGGAUUUAAACAAGUAAAUAAAGAUGUCCUCUACAAUCAUAUGCUUACAUUUUAUAUUCAAAGGCAUUAUCCUUGUCAUACUAUGCUGAAGUUAUAUUUUAUUUUUACUCUUUUCAUAAAAAGAGGGCGUAUGUUAUGCUACAAAUGUUUUGCCACUUGCAUUAAAACGUCAUGUAACUUCUAGAGCAAUGCAACGAGCAAAAUCACUACAUCUUUGCGUCCUGCGCACAAGCAGCUCCAGCCAAUCACACGAGCCCUCUUGUAUUGGCAAUGCAACCCGAUGACAUAAAUACCAUCGACAAGAGUGGAAAGGUAUGAUUCUAAUUCCUAACGGAGAACAAAAAUCAUAACCCGGCGACAUGGUUGUUUGGACCGACCAGGAGCGUGCCUGCAUCCAGGACAUUUUCAGCAAGCUGAAUUAUGAGGAUGCUGGCCCCAAAGCUUUGCAGAGGGCCUUGAUUGUGUAUCCCUGGACUCAGCGGUACUUCGCAAGUUUUGGAAACCUUUACAAUGCAGAGGCCAUCAUGUCCAAUCCAAAGGUGGCAGCCCACGGGAUUGUUGUGCUCCACGGGCUUGACAGAGCCAUGAAAAACAUGGAUGAUAUCAAGAACACGUAUGCCGAACUGAGCGUGCUGCACUCCGAGAAACUCCACGUGGAUCCUGACAACUUCAGGCUGUUGGCCGACUGCCUGACCAUCGUGAUUGCGGCGACUAUGGGUUCCUCUUUCACAGCUGAUGUGCAGGCCGCCUGGCAGAAGUUCCUCGCUGUUGUGGUCUCUGCUCUGCGCAGACAGUAUCAUUAAAACCUCUAACAUGGGGGAAAGCUUUAUUUGUUCUCUAACACAAUAAAGAGAAUUGAUACGCACCUG